AUGGCCAACCCCACCGGCUUCGACAUCAACGAAUUCAAGCGCGCCGCCUCCCCCCGCUCCAUCUACGCGAAAAGAGACCCCUGGGCUCGCAACGAAAUCUGGAGAUACACCGGCCCGUUCAGCCGAUUCAACCGCUUCAAGGGUCUUUUCCCGGGUUUCGGGGUUGCGAGCGUUGCGUUUGCGGGUUACUGCGCUUAUGAGCAUUUCUUUCUGAAGGAUGAGCAUCAUCAUGGGGAGGGUCACCACUAG